UGUGCGUCGUCAAGCAGUGCGUUGAGAAUCGAUCGGCAAAUAUUUAAUGGUAACUUCUCGUUCACAGGGUGGCAAUAAUGCUGGCCACACGGUGGUGGUUGACGGCAAGAAUAUCGACUUCCACCUGCUACCCAGCGGCAUCAUUCACGAGAGAUGUAUAUCUAUUAUUGGAAACGGUGUCGUCAUCCACCUGCCGAGUUUGUUCGAGGAACUGGCCAAGAAUGAAGCGAAAGGGCUAAAAAGCUGGGAGAAACGACUGAUCAUCUCCAACCGUGCUCACCUGGUUCUGGACAUGCACCAGCAGGUGGAUGCUCUGCAGGAAGCGGAAAAGGGUGGAAAGUCACUCGGCACAACGAAAAAGGGCAUCGGGCCGUGCUACUCCAACAAAGCAGAAAGCAACGGGAUCCGUGUGUCAGAUCUGCUCGGNACCUUUGCCCUUUACCACGUUACUAGAUAUCGGGAAUUCGCGGAACGGUUGAGACCGUUAGUGCACGACUCGGUGUCGUAUGUGCACAAGUCACUCAAGGAAGGCAAAACCGUCCUGGUGGAGGGAGCAAAUGCCGCCAUGCUGGACAUUGACUUUGGCACUUAUCCAUAUGUAACGAGCAGCAACUGUAGUGUCGGUGGAGCACUGACCGGUCUCGGUCUGCCACCGCAAUCGAUCGGUGAGGUAGUCGGUGUCGUGAAAGCCUACACAACGCGUGUAGGUGAUGGCCCGUUCCCGACGGAGCUCAAGGAUGAAAUUGGAUCUUUGCUCCAGAAACGCGGAGGCGAAAUCAGCGUCACAACGCAGCGAAUCCGGCGCUGUGGUUGGCUCGAUCUUGCCCUGCUCCGAUACACCUCCAUGGUUAACGGUUAUACUGCGAUAUAUUUGACUAAACUAAAUAUUUUAGAUACACUAGAAGAGAUCAAGGUCGCCGUUAGCUACAAAUUGAAUGGCAAGGAGAUCGACUACUUCCCCGGUUCGAUCACCGAUCUAGAGCAGGUGGAGGUGAACUACAAGACCAUGGACGGUUGGUUGAAGUCGACUGAAAAUGUGCGCGAUUUUGCCGAGCUGCCGGCGCAGGCUCAGGAGUACAUUAAAUUGAUCGAGGACGAGAUGGGCGUGCCAGUGAAGUGGAUUGGUGUCGGCAAGGACCGGGAGUCGGUUAUCUGCGUAAAAGAAUAGAUGAAACAAAAUGAAAAGCCAGUCGCCGUUUGAGCAGCACCCAGUGAUGAUGAGCUUUAGUGGUUUUUCGUUUCGUCGGUCUUGAAAAAA